CUCCCGCCAUACCCCAUCACACCCCGUCCCACAUCCCAAACCCCUCGGGCUGGACCAAAAUACUUUCCGCCGAACACCCUCCCAGAAGAUGAUAACAUGGAACGCGCCUUAGACCUCCUAGACACGAUCCCCGACCCACCUUCCCCUCGCACCCCUCGCUCCCCCCAAACACACCCACCCCUAUUCCACAAACCAAGGUCCUCCUCGCCUGGUUCCAGGUCUUUGACUACUCCGGAAAAGACGUCGCUGAACAAGCCACAAUCAUCGCAGAACGCAUCUGGGCUAGCAGACCUACCAACUGGAUUCUUAGUCCACAAGGUAUCAGAAGAGACCAUGAAUCUAAUCCUAAACCAAAGAAUCUGGUCAACGAUGGAUAUAACAUUUGAAGCCCUACCAUUCAACUGUGCCCAUCCUCCAGAACUUCUCUUCUGCCUCUCCGGCUUCACCACACUCGAUGCAGACGCCGUCUGGUCUCAAGACGAGAUCAGGCACCAAAUCGAAGACUGCCUCUCAAAAUGCGGGCUACCCGACGACGAGCUAAUAUACAAGGCCGCGCGAGACUUUAUCGAGUCCGCACGCGCCGAGCUCCUCCACUUCAAGAUCACAGGAGGCCUCUCAGUGCCACGCUUUAAUAUAUUUGCCACCAGCCCUACCAAUGACGCGAAAACCUGGACGAACUUGAGAAGCCUCCUACAUGCCCUCAAAUACCCCACAGGCCUCGACGGCUGUGGGUCAACAACUCCCCUCUUCCCCUGCCAAAUAUGUCACUCCCUCACUCACCCAAGAGGACUCUGCCCGUUCCCGCUCGUCCCGCUCUGGAAUGGCCCAAAAUCAGGGAACCGAAACGUGGCCAGCAUACCUCGCGGAAGGCCUGGACGCAACGCCUAAGCACAUAUCAUGAGCCGUCAGCUUCCACCAUCCGAAGAUAUCGCACAUACUUAAUCCACACCUCGUACUACAUAGCCCCCUCAGUCCAUACUAUGUACCUCGAACUACCCAGUCAAUUUACUCACAUCACCC